AUGUACAGUGCUUACAAAGAUGAUUUGGAGAACGGCGAAUUAGUGCAGUUCGUAGAGUUGCUGAAAACAGAUGUAGCUACUGUAAUUGACAGCAAGAAACAGGAGCCUCUGGAACUGCAAUUUUAUAAGCUUUUAUUAAAUAAUUCUUUAGAAUCGUGUUUCCCAAAUUUAGAAAUUGCCUUGCGUAUUUACUUAUCUCUCAUGAUCACUAACUGCAGUGGCGAAGGUUCUUUGUCAUCGUUGAAACGAUUAAAAAAUGAAUUAAGGAACACUAUGGGCCAAGAACGUCUUAAACGUCUCACGUUGUAG